UAUUGUGCCAGUGGUCACAUGGCUUUGGCCCUCAGGAAUGGAUGGAGAUGGAUCCCUCACGUCAGCUUGUACGUCUAAGGGUUUCUGCUCCACCAGUCUGCCUCAAAGUGGCUGGAGCGCAGCCUCGCGCAGGAACAAUGAGAGGAUUAUUACCAUAGAGCGAUCCCAGCUGCAGAAUAUGGAUUUUGAUGAACGGAUGUCUGGUUCCAGUAUGUAUCUACCGAGCUGCACUUAUUACGUCUCCGGAGCGGACUUCUCUGGUCUCCCUCACUAUUUAACUCAGAACCAGUCAUCCUGCCCAGUCAGCUACCCUUACCAGUCCUCAGCGCUGACACAGGUUCCAUCAGUGAGAGAGGUGGCUUUCAGAGACUAUGGGAUCGAUGCUACCAGUAAAUGGCACCACAGCAGGGGGAGUCUCCCACAUUGCUACGCCGAGGAUGUGGCGCACAGGGACAGCUGGGCGAGCCCGACCUCCAGGGGGGCAGAGAUGCUGGUGAAAGCCGGCCACUCCGGCUCACCCAGCCAGACCCCUGGCUUCUGCGGCAGCGUCGGGAGGAACGGCGUCCUGCCUCAAGCUUUCGAUCAGUUCUUCGACACGGCGUACGGGAGCGCGGACGGCGGCGCUGGCGCGGCGGCGGACCCAGAGAGAGGUAGCAAAACGAGCCCGACUCACAAUCACCCGGCUUCGGACACGGGGGAGAGCUGCAGCCCGGAGUCACCAUCCAGCCACAGCGAGGAGAAGCAGAGCAGGAGCUGCACCAGUGGCCAGAGGACGCGCAAAAAGAGGUGUCCGUACACCAAGUACCAGAUCAGGGAGCUGGAGAGGGAGUUCUUCUUCAGCGUCUACAUCAACAAGGAGAAGCGCCUGCAGCUCUCCCGGAUGCUUAACCUGACGGACCGUCAGGUGAAAAUCUGGUUUCAAAACAGGAGAAUGAAGGAGAAGAAACUGAACAGAGACCGUUUACAGUACUACAGCACAAACCCUCUGCUCUGAAAACGGAGAAACGAACAAAGACUGCUGAUGAGCGCCUUCACUCCAAAAGAGAGAGACAAAAAAUGACUUUUUUCAUUGUUAAAUAUCUUUAUUAUUUUAAAAAUCUCCUAAAAAUAUACAAUUAACCCUGAGCUGUGUUUAAUUAUUAUUAUUAUCAUUAUUAUUGUUAUUCCUUUCUUCCUGUUUUUAAGGUUAAGCAGGCACAGAAAGAUCAAACCCAGAAAACUGUACUUAAUUUUCUAAAUAAAAAAAGUUUCCAGAUA